AUGGCCGUACAGACACCAGACUCGCCCCCUCAUUUUUUUGUCGAUUGUGAUAUGUUUAUGUGCUUCCGUGGAGGCGGUGUCGACCUGGAGUUUGAGUUAGGAGAGGUGGGUGACAACGACAACGAAGAUGACAGCAAGGAUGAUGACAAGGAUGACGAGGAUGACGAGGAUGACGAGGAUGACGGUGACAACAACAAUGACGGUGAGGAUGUUCAGGAAGACGGAAUCGACAAUGAAGACCACAUGAGGGCUGAUGAGGGAGAGGAACUUGAUGAUGAUAUUCUCGCACAGGAGGGAUAUGGUGCUUUGUAA